GCAACACAGAGGAAGCGUCAGUUUGGUAAGAGGUUAGCUACCUAGCUAUACAUUACUUUUUUGUGUUUUCAUCGAUCAAACUAGCCCACCCAUCAUGGCUAAAGGCAAGAAUAAACCCAGUGGUGACAGAGACAGAGCUCGGAAGCGGCAAGCAAUCUCAAUGGAAACGAAGGUUGCCAUAAUUAGGAAGUUGGACCGUGGUGAAAAGGUCGCGAAUGUGGCUCGUUCGUACAACAUGAAUCAUUCAACGAUAUGGACAAUUUACAAGAACAAGGACCGGAUUAUGGAGCAUAUUAAAAGUUCGGUGCUCAUGCAGUCGACUGUUAUUACCAAGCAAAGGGGGAAGCUGAUGGAGGAGAUGGAACAACUUCUGAGCAAUUGGAUUGAACACCAGAGUCAGAGAGAGGCACCGCUUAGCCUCAUGCUAAUACAGGAGAAGGCUAGAAGCCUGUUAAAAGACUUAAAGAUGAAGGCAGGGGAAGACGCUGAUGAUGACACGUUUGCUGCGAGUUCUGGCUGGUUUCAUCGCUUCAAGAAACGUGCCAAUUUGCAAGUGUCAGGUUCUGCCCUCACCAGACUCCGAUUCUCCUCCCCUCCAUCACCUCAGGAUGAGCUGCUCGAAGGACAAGAGUCGUCUCAAGACCGAAAACACAGUGUUGGCAACGACGAGGAGGCUUCUAGUACAGAUGAUGGUCCAAAACCACUGCUGGGGGAGGCCUUACCAGGAGGACCACAUAUUGAGAAAGUGAAAAGUCCUAACAGUUCAUUUAUGAGUGUGCCCUGCCACCCCGUCCUCUUCCUGCCCAUGACCAAGACCGAACCAGAUAGCUUCAGUGGUGAUGAGACAGACGUUAGUGAUGUUCAAUUAGAAAGGAAGGUGCGGAGUUCAGGUUUCCAGGCGGUGGCGCCCUCGUGUGUUUCACCUGAAAGAGGUCCUGAGGCUGAAGAUUUAAGGGCACUUUACUGCUCCUACCUCAGGAAGGAGAUCGAAAACCGCGAUCAGGAAAUGGCUUACCGAGCUCUCAAAAUGAAGAAGUUAGAAAAGGAAAUUGCACUAUUAGAUAAGGAGCUUAUGUGAAUCUUAAUGCUUGCAUGGUGAAUUCAUACAUGUCCUUGCAAAGUCUGGGUUUUCAAAAAUGUGUACAUCCAUACAUUUUUGGCUGACUUUUUCUGGACUUUUUUUUUUACUGCCCAAAGCUUAUUGAAUCCAAUCUCUUAUAAGUUAAACCUCAUGAUGGGGUUUCAGUUUUGCAGUGGAACCUCAGUCUUCAAUUUUUCAUGUCAUCUCCUGUCAAAGAGCUACAUUGCUUCCACUGGCUCCACAUCCACACAGACGUCAGUACUGAUUUCAUAAACACUGCUCCACAAAACAUUUGAUUAAAAAUGUUGCUCGCCCUUUGUAGCUUUAAAGUUUUCCUUUUUUUUGUUGUGCUACAUUUGAUGCUGUGUUUUGUCUUCUUUUGUGCAUGUGUCUCCAGUUUAUGGUUGUGGGAAAGCAAGCAGGUCCAUUGUGCUUCUUCCUGCAGCUUCAAAGUGUGAAUGUAAAAUGUAAAAAAAUGCUUAAGACCAAAACCUAGGUCAUCAUGUACCAGGGAUGUAAAUACAAUCACAAUCUAUUAGAUUUUUUAUAUAUUUUAUCUA